AUGGAUACCAGAACAAGCGGCUACGGCUACGGCCGCCAGAGCGGCACCCCGUCCAGCGGGUUCCGCUCCCAGUCCUGGUCCAGGGCUACCCCCGGCGCCACCGUGACCACAUCGUACAAGAGGAGCGUGAACGCGCCGGUGUCCCGGGCGUACGGCUCCACGGCGCACAGCUCCGCCGACAGCGUUGACUACGGUCAGACUUCCGUCCUCAACGGCGACUACAAGCGAUCGAACGAGAAGGAGCAGCUCCAGGGGCUCAACGACCGGUUCGCCGUCUACAUCGACAAGGUGCACUACCUGGAGCAGCAGAACAAGCAGAUCGAGGACGAGAUCCAGGCUCUGCGGCAGAAGCAGGUGUCCCGCACCCAGCUGGACGACGUCUACGACCAGGAGCUGCAGGAGCUGCGCGCCGUGCUGGAGCGCAUCCACCGCGACAAGGCGCAGAUCCAGCUGGACACCGACCACAUCGAGGAGGACAUCCAGCGGCUCAGGGAGCGCUUCGACGAGGAGGCUCGCAUCCGCGAGGAGACCGAGGCGAUCAUCCGCAUCCUGAGGAAGGACGCCAGCGACUCCGAGCUGGUCAAGUCCGAGCUGGAGAAGAAAGUCCAGUCGCUCCAGGACGAGAUCGCCUUCAUCCGCAACAACCACGAGGAGGAGGUGAGCGACCUCAUCGCCCAGAUCCAGGCGUCCCAGGUGACGGUGGAGAGGAAAGACCUCCAGAAGGCCGACAUCACCGAAGCCCUGCGGGAGAUCCGCUGCGAGCUGGAGGGCCACUCCAACCAGAACCUGCAGCAGGUGGAGAACUGGUUCAUGUGCCGUUACGCGAAGCUCACCGAGGCAGCGGAGCAGAACAAGGACGCCAUCAAGUCCGCCCGGGACGAGAUAUCCGACUACCGCCGCCAGCUGCAGUCCAAGACGGUGGAGCUGGAGUCCGUGCGCGGGACCAGGGACUCGCUGGAGAGGCAGCUCAACGACAUCGAGGACCGCCACAACAGCGACCUGGCGAGUCUGCAGGAGACAAUCCACCAACUGGAUAAUGAGCUUAAGAGCACCAAGUGGGAAAUGGCCCGUCAUCUACGUGAGUAUCAGGACCUGCUGAAUGUCAAGAUGGCCUUGGACAUUGAGAUUGCUGCAUAUAGGAAACUCUUGGAGGGUGAGGAAACCCACUUCAGCACUUUCCCUUAUCGCCAGGCGGUCACCCCCGCCAAAAUCUCCCGGCCUAAAUCAGAGGCCCCCAGGCUUAAAGUGCAACACAAGUUCGUGGAAGAGAUCAUUGAGGAGACGAGAGUGGAGGACGACAAAGAUGACAUGGACGAGGCCCUGGCUGAGAUAGCGCAGGAGCUGUCCGCCGCGCAGGGAGAGGGAGAGGAGGAAGAGGAAGGGGAGGAGGGUGGACAGGGGGAGGAGGCAGAGGGGGGAGAUGGAGAAGGAGAAGAGGGGGGAGAGGAUGAGGAGGUUGUAGCUGCCACCGAAGCCAAAGUUAGUGCCAGCGCACCUGGUCAGGACGAGGAGGAGGACAAACAGGACGAUGAUGAGGAUGACGAGGGAGCAGAAGGAGAAGAAGAAGGUGGUGAGGAGGGGGAUAAGGAUGAAGAAGAGGGAGACGGAGAAGGAGACAAUGAAGGAGAAAAGGAAGGUGACGCAGAAGGAGGUGAUGAAGAGGGUGAGGAGGGAGGAGAGGAAGAAGAAGUUGAGGAAACAGUUCUGUGCUCCAAAGCUCCAGAGUCUAAAGCCUCUCCUGACAAAGAGAAGGCCGGGGACAAGGAGGGUAGCGGAGGAGAGGACGAGGCUGGUGCUGAAGAGGAGGGUGGUGAUCAGGAUGAUGACGCAGGCAGUGACAAAGCAUCCAAGAGUGGAGAUGAAAAAGAGGAAAAGGAGGAUACAGACAAAGGAAAGACAGAGGAUGAGAAGAAGUCAAAGGAUGAGUCAGCAGAUAAUAAAUCAGAUAAAGCCAAACCAGAUGCUCCAAAAGCAGAAGCAGCAAAGCCUGAGCCUCCCAAAUCUGAAUCCCCAAAACUUAGUUCCCCCAAGUCUGAGUCUCCUAAACCUGUUGCCUCUUCAAAGUCUGAAUCCCCCAAAGAAGGCUCACCUAAAGCUGGAACCCCCAAACCUAGCUCCCCCAAAGUAGAGUCCCCAAAGAGUGAAACUACCAAGCCUGAGACCCCUAAGGAAGACAAAUCUGAAAAGAAGAGCGACUCUGCAGAGGAGAAGGUUGAAAAGAAGGACGCAGCCAUGAACGGCGACAUCGACAAGAGCAGCCCCGAGGAGCCGGAGAAGAAAGACGGCGACGUGAUCGCCAACGGGGUGGACGAGAGCCCCGUCAAGGAAGAUGGCAGCCAGAAAGUGGUGAUCACCAAGACGGUGGAGACCAUCACCACCGGAGAGGACGGCUCCAAGCACGUCACCAAGUCUGUCACUGUGACGGAAACGGUGAAGGAGGUGGAGGAGACGGUGCAGGAGAAGCUGGUCUCCACCAAGAAGACGGAGAAGCAAUCCACCCAAUCCAUCAAGCAGGUGACAGAGGCCGACUGA